GUGUUCCUCCAGCUCCACACUGUGUUAUCUCUGACUCCAGCAUCGGCAGUUCUUACUAUCUCUUCGGUUACGGAGGCUUUAAGACUCCGGAUUCUCCCUCCCUAGCUGAUAGUGAAGACGGUUUUGAAACAAGAUAUUAAACAUCCUGAAAGUCCAGAUUCAACAGCUGGAUUAACUGUAAACCACAAAACCCAUUACGCACAUCCUCAAGACGCCAUCUUAGACACUCCGGGCGUUCAUGCAAGUAACGUGACUUGAUUUGUUUCUCUCGAUGGAGACUAUGCAGCACAGUGAAGAGAUGUUGAGGACUGCACUAAUAUCUAACCAUAAAGAUGUGAUUGACCUGUAUCAGAAAUUCAGUCCAAGGGUGAAACGCCUACUGGAAGAAGCUUUUCGGCCAGAUAGCACCCUUUUUAAACCCAUUGUGUUACAUUCGAAGUCUGACUGGAUCCUUAGCCACCCGGAGCCAAAGCAAGAUUUCUAUGCAUUUUACAGUAGUCCGCACAGGAAAUCACCAGUUCCUGGGAGAAACAUUAUUUACAUUCAGACCAUUGGUUCAUUUGGUGAUUCACAGACAACUACUGAGACAUACAUACACUGGUUAAAGGAAUACUGUGAGACAUUUUUCUAUGGUCUGAAGAUCAAAUUUUUGGAUCCUGUUUCAGUAUCCCAAAUUGGUUGUGUGUUCCGUGUCAAUACAUAUUCGCACAAUCUGCAGAUACGUGCAGGUAGUAUUCUUAAGUACCUGCAGAAGAAAAAACCUCAAGAUGCUUUCUGUAUUGUUGGAAUUACAAUGAUUGACCUUUAUCCUGAAGAUUCCUGGAAUUUUGUGUUUGGACAGGCAUCUCUUACAGAAGGAAUGGGUGUUUUUAGCUUUGCUAGAUAUGAUGAUGGCUUUUACACCACGAACUAUAAGGGAAAGUUGAAGAAAAAGAAACAUCUGGCUCCUGAUGAUUAUUCUGUCUUUGAUGGAUACUACACACCACCUAUUACAAGCAAGUUGCUGCUGCGAUCAUGCAAGACUCUAACUCAUGAAAUUGGACAUAUUUUUGGCAUGCAUCACUGCCAAUGGUUGCAAUGUGUAAUGCAAGGUUCCAACCAUUUAGAAGAAUCUGACCGACGGCCAAUUGAUCUUUGCCCUAUUUGCCUAAGAAAGCUGCAGUACACCAUUAACUUUGACGUUAAAGAGAGAUAUAAGGCCAUGUUGACAUGGAUUGAGGACAAUUCUGAUCCUGAGAUUUUGGUUAGAACGGUGCAGGCAUCUCAUAAACCCAUGGAAGCAUUCAAAGAAUGGAAAGAAUGGUUGCUGCGGUGUCUGCAAUUUUUGGAGAAGUGAAUUUUAAUAAAUGCAAGUUGCUGAAGGCAA